AUGCAGGCCAUUGCCAUGGAAGGCUUCGAUGUUUGGUCCUGCAUGGAGACCUAUCUGCAACUCUGGAGCUUCCCAGGCACCUGGAAGGCAGGCCAUUUGGCCACCUUGUUUGCCAGCAAGCACGUCGCGAAGUACAAGAGCACUCAGAAAUUUCCCAGCCAAGCCAACCUUUUGGACAUGGUACAUUUGGAGCCACACACUACCAGGGCCAAGCUUCUGGAGGUUGCAGAGACUGCCAUGGAAACCUUCCAGGCGGCGGACUUCGGGAUCCCACUCAUGAUAAAGUGGCAUUGGCUCCUCCACAGGCCAGACUUCCUCCCGAGACAUGGGAACCUCCCAUUUACAUUUUCAGCUUCUGCCACCAGACUGCAGAAAACCACUGUGGCCAUGGAACUCACAACCUUGAGCAGAGACCUACCAGUUGGUGAAGCCAAAAAAAGUCACCAAGCAGCAGUAGGUCCAAACCUGCACCAUUUCGUGGAUGGCCCAGCCACAGAGGCCCUG